CCGCCCGGCUCGCUAUGGCUCCCUGCGGCGCCGCCUUCCUGGCCCUGCUCUGCGCUCUGCUCCCAGGGUCGGGAGGUGCCCAAACAUUUGUGCAGCCUCUGGAAGCCAUCCUACCCCAGAGAGACUCCUUGCUAGUAAAUUGUAGCACCACCUGUGACGAGCCUGAAACCCUUGGCCUGGAGACCAUGUUGAACAAGAAAGAGGUGGGCUUUGGGACCCACUGGAAGGCCUAUGAACUGAGCAACAUCUUGGAAGACAGCAUCCUGAUAUGCUUCACAAACUGCCACGGCGUGCAAUCUGAAGCUUCAACCAACCUCACCGUUUACAGGCUCCCGGAGCGCGUGGAGCUGGCGCCCCUGCCCGCCUGGCAGCCGGUGGGCGACAACCUCACCCUGCACUGCGAGGUGGCAGGCGGCGCGCCCCGGGCGCAUCUCAGCGUGCUGCUGCUCCGCGGGCAGGAGGAGCUCGGCCGGCAGCCCGCGCUCGGGGAGCCCGCCCGGGCCUCCUUCACGGUGCGCGCGCGCAGGGAGGACCACGGCGCCAACUUCUCCUGCCGCGCCCAGCUGGACCUGCGCUCCCUGGGCCUGGCUCUCUUCCAGAACAGCUCCGCCUCCAGGCAGCUCCGGACCUUCGCCCUGCCAGAGACCCGGCCGAUCCUCACCACCCCCCGGAUCCUGGAGGUGGGCAGAGAGACCACCGUGACCUGCACCUUGGAAGGGGUGUUCCCAGUCUGGGAGGCUCAGGUCUACAUGACGCUGGGGGACCAGCGACUGAACCCCGUGACUGUGCCCGAUGCGGCCCCACUCUCGGUCACAGCCUCAGUCGUGGCGGACAGCGAUGAGAACGAGACCCAGCCGCUGACAUGUGCUGUGUUCUUGGGCAACCAGAGUCAGCAGACCAGAGAGACAGUCACCAUCUACAGCUUCCAGGAGCCCAACCUGACAUUGAGCGAGGUAGAGGUCGCCGAAGGGACGGAGGUGAACGUGGUGUGUGAGGCUCAAGCGGCAGCCAUGGUGAUGCUGAGCGGGGUUCCAGCCCUAACCCCAACUCAGUCCUCGGACCACAGGGUCCACUUCCGGCUUAACGCCAGCGCUGAGGACAAUGGCCGAAGCUUCAUCUGCUCCGCUGCCCUGGAGGUGGCCGGGGUGGGGCUGCACAAGAACCAGACCCAGGAGCUCCGUGUCCUGUAUGGCCCCCGAAUAGACGAGCGGGACUGCCCAAGCAACUGGACGUGGCAAGAAGGCUCCGAGCAGACCCUGAAGUGCCAGGCCUGGGGGAACCCACGCCCCAAAGUGACCUGUUGCCGAAAAGGGGACAACUUCUCGCUGCCCAUCGGGGACCUGAGGCCUGUCACGAGGGACUAUGCAGGCUCCUAUCUUUGCCGGGCUGUGAGCACACGUGGGGAGGUCACCCAGCAAGUGGUAGUAACCGUGCUGUACCAAAAGUACCACUUGGUUGUCAUCCUUACGGUAUUAACAGCGGUGAUCUUGGGCACUUCUGGCACGACUGCCUACCUUUACAACCGUCAAAGGAAGAUCAGGAAGUAUAGGCUACAGAAGGCCCAGGAGGCAACCUCCAUGAAGCUGAAUACGCCGGCCACGCCACCCUGAGCCCAGGCCAGGCUUGGCGGCCGCACCACCUCAUUAGACAGCAUGGCGGACAGAGGACAGGAGACUGGCUGCUGUUGGCACACAGUGCUUGGUGUCCAGGCACUGGCACACCUAGGACCACGCCUCCCCCGCUGACCUGUAGCCACAGGAAUGAGCCAAGAGGAGGGAGCUAAACUAGAGAUGCCGGACCUAGCAGGGGGUGGGGUGGGGUGUGGAAGACACAUGCCCCCAAUCUGGGGACACACAGCCAGGAAACGGUGAAACUAGCCUUGGAGGGCCCACAUUCCGCAAGACAAAGUGGCCCAGCCACAGACACACUUGGCUCUGAAACACAGCCCUACACUCCUGUCCACUGACGGCCCCACCUCUUGAGGACAUAUUUAUUGUUUUAUUUGUUCCCUGCUAUUUAUUGUGUGUCUUUCAUGUCGGCUAGAAUAGUGAAGAAGGUCAGUGUCCCUUCUUGCCCUCAGGGAGCCUUCAGUCUGACCUCAUUUAGGGCCGCCAGGGACAGUUGUACUGGCUGUGCCCUGCACAAGGGUGCCCGGCUAUAAACACGGACAGCCAUCCUUCACUCCACUGGUUCCACGAUGGUUUCCUCUCCCCUACCAGAGCAGGGGGUGACCUUUUCUAUCUUAUACAAAGGCACCAUCAGAAGCAGCCUGCCAGCACGUCCAGAGUAGACCCACUAAACCCUUACCUUCCUCCAUCCCCAUCCCUGACACUGACCUGUUAGCCACCUCCCUCACCCUAGUGACUCUCUGCGAGUGUUCCCAAUAACAUUUGAAGGCCACACCAAAAUAAGGGUGCUCAUUAGCAGCUAAAACAUGCCCGCCCCCAAGCCUGUGUGCCCCUGCCCUGCCCUGCCUACCUCCUGGUUUCCAUCUGUAGGACCAUGCAAGGAGGCGGUGGCAGCCGGCAGUGGGAAGGGAGGCCAAAGUUUCAAAGUAUCCCCACCCAGUUCUAGAAGCCUCACCAUUGAAUAAAGCGUUUUCAUCUGCCCCAAA